AUCCCGUUCAUCAGCAGCAGCCCACAGUGACGGUCGCCGCCAUUAAAUCCUUAUUUCAUUUCUAUUCAGUAAAAUUUUUUUUGACUAUGUCUGACUGAAACAGUUGGUGUGUCUCGAGUGGUGUGGUUCUGUCUGUAAGAACCUUAGUAUUUAUCUUCUUUUUUUUUUCGAGGAGGAAAGAAACAGCAUCGAAUAAGUUUAUUUUGUUUUUGUAUGUAACGAACAAACCAAAAAAAAAAAACACAAAAAAGACAUUUUAUUUUUUCUCUUUUUACCAAGAAACAAAUAAUGACAGCCGAUCAGAAAGAAGCCACAGCUGAUAUUGCGGAGAGGAAGAAAGAAGAGGGAAACCAGUUUUUUAAAUCUGCUGCUUACAUUGAUGCCCUGCGUUGUUAUGAAGAUGCUAUACGAUUGUGUCCAGCACAUGCUCCUUAUUAUGGUAAUCGAGCAGCUACCUACAUUAUGAUGAUGAAAUACCCAGAAGCCUUAGCUGAUGCAAGGACUGCUGUAUCACUAGAUAAUACUUUUCUUAAAGGCCAUCUCCGAGAAGGCAAAUGUCACAUGAUGUUGGGUGACACAUGUGCAGCACUUAGGAGUUACGAAACUGUAUUACAACUUGAUCCCACAAAUGCAACGGCCAGGAAGGAGGUGAAACUUGUUCAACAGAUGCAAGAACUGGAGACCAUGGCCGAAGCUGAUUUUGUCAAAGAAGAUUACAGAAGAGCAGUAUUUUAUAUUGACAGAUGCUUAAAUUUAUCUCCUAACUGUUUGAAGUUUAAGAUCAAGAAAGCUGAGGCUCUCGCUAUGUUGGGCCGACUCCAAGAGUCUCAUGAAUUGGCAAAUGAUGUCUUACAAAGAGACAAUAUGAACGCAGAUGCGCUUUUUGUACGUGGCAUGUGUCUCUGUUACCAAGAUUUCACUGAAAAAGCAUUCCAGCACUUCCAACAAGUCUUAAAGUUGGUUCCAGAUCAUCAAAAGUCUAAAGAACUUUAUAAGAAAGCCAAGUUGAUGAUGAGUAAAAAAGAGGAAGGCAACCAGGCUUUCCGCAUGGGCAACUUAGAAGAUGCUUACAAAGUCUACACAGAAGCUCUUUUAAUUGACCCUCACAAUAAAUACACAAACUCAAAGUUGUAUUUUAAUCGAGCUACAGUUUCUGCAAAGUUGAAGAAAUUAGAGGAAUCAGUCGAAGACUGUACAAAAGCAAUUGAGUUAGAUGAUUAUUAUAUAAAGGCCUACUUAAGAAGAGCAAAAAGCUACUCAGAUUUAGAAAAAUAUGAAGAAGCUGUUCGAGAUUAUGAGCAGAUUUACAAGUUGGAUAAAAGUAAAGAAAACAAACAAUUAUUGGCUGAUGCCAAACUAACUCUAAAGAAAAGUAAACGGAAGGACUAUUACAAAAUUCUUGGUGUCAACAAAACUGCAACUGAUGAAGAAAUUAAGAAAGCAUACAAGAAACGGGCCUUGAUACACCAUCCUGAUCGUCAUUCACACGAUAAUCCUGAAGUUCAAAAGUCAGAAGAGGCCAAAUUCAAGGAAGUUGGUGAAGCAUUCAAUGUUCUCUCCGACAGCAAGAAAAGAUGUCGAUACGAUAAUGGUUUCGACAUGGACGAUAAUGAUAUUGGUUUUGAUCAAAUAGAUCCUACUCAGAUAUUUGCAACAUUUUUUGGUAACCAGAACUGUUCGUUCCGCUCACCAAUGGGAAACCAAGGUUUCUCUGGUUUUACCUUCCAAUUUGGUUGAGGAAUUUCCAAGAAUGUAAAAAAAUAUAAGAGAAAAGGAAGAAGAAAGAAAAAAAAAA